AUGUUGGAAUUAUUUACUUAUGAAUUGAUUAAUAUUGCUGGAUUUUUAAAUUAUAAGAUUUGUGAAUUAAAUUUUAUUUUGAAUAGCCCGUUAGAAGCCCUCAAUCAAUUUAGAAAACAUUCUAGUAAUUUUUUUAAUCGACAAAUGGGGAAUUAUCCAAGCAAAGAACUGGCAAUUAUUGAAUUUGAAUUGUGGAAAUCUCAACAGAAUCGCCUUUUUGCCGAUCUCUUUAAUUUUGCUGUCUCAAAUGGAGUAGCCGCUUAUGCCUCUCAAAAUCCUGGACGUUUUUUGGAAGAAGCUGCUUCUCAUUUAAAAAGGGCAAAUUCUUUAAUUCGGCAAUUAAAGGCAAAAAAUGCUCAACAGCAAAGACAAACAUGUUCAAUUAAUUUAGAUUUAAACGCCCCAACAAUUUAUUUUGGCCACAGACCAUGGUUAAAUAAUGAAACAAUUUUGGCUGAAAUGAAAGGAAAUUUACAAUUGGUGGAACAUGCAGCGAAGAUUUUUCUUGAACAAAAUAUUCAAGAGAAUUAUUCCCAAUCAAUUCAACUUUUCUCUGCCGCAAUUGGCCAAUUUAAACGUUAUCAUUGUAAAAGAUUUGCGACUUUGUCUUAUUUAAAUAUAGCUGAAGAAUAUAUUUGUUUUAAACAAUUUGGGAAUUCUUUACAGAUUCUCCAACACGUUUCAACAGAACUUCGUACAUCUUCAUUUUAUUCACUUUUGCGUAAUGUACUUGUAUUAAUGGCUAAUUGUGCUUUUUGCUCUUUAAAUAUUAAUGAGUGGAUUUUGGCUAUAGUUCAACUACUUCAUUCCGAAAUGACAAAUUUAUCUUCUCAAAUAGAACCUAAUUUACUCGAGGAUGCUCAAAAUUAUUUUUCUGGUCAUUCUUCUAUACCUUUUCCUAUUUUACCUAAUUCUCCUUUUUAUGAAGAAGAGAUUUGUUCUAUUCGUCCCCAAUGGGAACAAAAUUUAUCAGUUAAUGAAGGGAGAAGACAGCAAAAUUUAUUUCAACUAGAAUUGAGUCAAUUGGGGAAUUAUUCUUUUUUAAAUUGUAAAAUACGUUUUUUGCCCGUUAAUAUAAACAAAACAACAGAAUUUGAGGAAGAAAAUGAAAAUAAAUAUUUAAAUAUACGUUCUGGAGAUUCUUUACCUAUUGAGGUUCUUCUUAAAAACAAUUCUUGUCUGUCACUUACCCUUACCAAUUGUACAAUUUAUUUGGAACAAAUUUCUUCAAUUAGUGGAAAAACAUUAAUUACUUUGGAUAAUUGGAGUAUUAUUAAUUGUGAUAAUUUUAAAGAGAGCAAUUCCUCUUCAAUUUUAUUAAAUCCAAAUGAGGAAAUUGCUCUCCUUUUUAUUUUAAAGCCAAAAAUUGGGAAAGAAUUUUUUGAAGAAAAUUUAAAUAAACAACAAAAUCGAGCACAAAGUCCUUCUUCUGGAAAUAAAAAUAUUUAUUUGGAUAUUUGUAUUCGUAGCUUUGCUGUUAGAUUAGCUAAUGGAUGUUUUAUUUGGGAAAAUGUUAAGUCAGCUCAAUCGUUAGUUGAUAAUUCAUGCUAUCUGAUUGAAAAUUCGAUAGUCAGGUAUAUAUUAAGGCUGUGA